GGAUAGGUUUCACACAGAACAAAGAGAUUGCAACAAAUAUAUAAACAGAAUGAUCAGUCCGAGGUUAAUUGGCAGAUUCAAAUCGAGGCUCACAAAAUUGAAAUUUUCGGAAGUUUCACAAAACUUCUUUUUUUAACCCUAAAUUGUACAAUAUGCUUUAGAAAUUACGUUAUCAAGCACUGAGUUUAAGAAAAAUAUACUAAACAUCUUAUAGGUUCCUUUGUAUGUUAUAAGGCAUCGUGCUGAAGAUACCAUGAGCAACAAUAUGGACCAUUACCACUGUAGGACAUACCGCAAUGAGCAUUGCGAGGUUGCAGGUGUUCCUGGCGUCAGUUGUCAACUGGUUGAAUGUAAACACAAAUGUGGAGUUAAACUUCAUCUUUGUCAGGUCCGCAAGCAUUACCUUGACUGCAUUGCUAAAGAUGAAGAAUCAGCUCAUGAACAUUGUAAUAAAUGUUACUUGAUGAAGUGUAUGGAAAAACUGUCUCCUCAAUGUUGUGAAAGGAUGUCAUGCUCCAAUGAAUGUGGAUUGAUAUUUCAUAAAUGUAAGGCAGCAGACCAUGAAGAAAUUUGCCUCAAGGCUAUAGUUCAAUGUACUAACCAUACAAAUGGUUGUCCAGUAGAGCUUUCACGCCACAAGAUAAACGAACAUUUGAAUGUUUGUCCAGCAAGUGUUAUUUAUUGCACCAUGGAGUGGAAUCGUUGGCCAAUCCAUUGCAGUGAGAGGAAAUCCAGGGUGCCAUUCGUUCAAGGCAAUCUACAUGCCAAAUAUGGUCAGUUAGAUGUUGCAUUAGCUUUGCGUGACCAACGCAUGUUAAAUUCAGCAUUGAAAGCUCCCCGCAGUACUAGGAGAGCUAUGCGCAACAAACUCACAAAAUAUUUUCCUGCUGUCCCUCUUCACAACCAAUCAACUAGUUCUAAUGGUAUAAGUAAUAAUCCAAAGUCAAAUGACACGUCUCAUACAAUAUCUGAUGAUGAUAGUGAUGUCAUAGAGAGAACACCACCUGCACUUUCUCGUAGCUUGUGCAGUGAUCUUUACCGCUCUGCAAAGCAAACUACAGAAUCCCUCAGUGAAGCAAUUAACCUGGCUGUGAAUAGUACCCCUAGCAAACAAAAGAAGCAAACAGAGGAGUUCAACGAUUCAGGCUUCAGCAUUGAGCAACCAGGUGCAAUACUCAGUGAUACUAGUGCAAUGAAUGAAAGUGAUGUCUGUGAUAUUUCAAACAUUGAAUCAGCAGAUGCUAAUGAUUCAGUCUCCUCAUUGAAUGACUGCAGUUAUAAAACUGAUGAAAGAAACCUUGCAUCAACACCAAUUAUGAAUAAAUCAGCAGGUGACAACUCAGUUAUACCUACUCCUCCAAUCGCACCAAUAACAUUGCAUCAGAUGCUAGCUCUAGAUCUGAAUGUUGAAUCAGUGACACGUUAUCAAGUGAAACCCAAGGCUAUGUAUACAUUUCUCUGUGCCCAGGAGUUCCGCAGAGAUGAAUACCCAUGGCACUUUAGAAAUGUUCACAAUGAUAUUCACAGCUGUCUAAAUGGAUGGCUGGAACAACGAUGCCCUCUUGCUCAUUAUGGCUGCACUUAUUCAAUUAGACGAUUUUACCCAAAUGAAAAAGGAUCAACUGUUGUCCAUAGCAGUGCAACUGAAAGUUUUGGACUCAAACCCAAGAUUCCUGAAGAGCACAAAAUCAAGAGAUACCAGCACUCAUUUGAUGAAUCUGAUAGAUCUUUGGAAGAGAUUUCAGAGAGCCCUAAUGUGAUACCAAAGAAGACAAAGACACCUGAAAUGCUAACAAGCACAAGUUAUGAUGCAGAAAUACACUUGAAUGGUGGCUUAUCUAGUGCAGAGUCUAGCAGGGAGGGGACCCCAAGUAGGCCAAGACUGGACAUUCUCACUAGUCUUCCCUUUGAAAUAAUACAAGCAAUAGCAAGGCACUUGGAUUCAUUCAGUCUACGAAACCUUGCCCUUGUUAGUAACCUAAUGCGAGAUGUUUGCCUCAGCCUGGUGGAAGAACGAGGAAUAGUCAUACAACAGUGGGAGAAACAAAGCCCUGGGACGCAACCAGUCUGGCAAAUAACAUAUAAGAGUUGGAAGUUCAGUUCAGCAUUCUCUCCUAUACACAAAUGGGGCUUCCAAGAGCACAAUAGUUUGUCCAACCACCUGAAGCAAUGCCCAUUCAACAUCAAAGAGAUAAACACUGAGCCUUAUAGCUAUAGCUUUGGAAUGGAACAAAAUCCCCCUCUCAAACAGGAUGGGUUGCUGGACAAUUCAUCCAAAGACCAAGACAACUCAUCCCAAGACAAUUAAUUCCAAGACAACUUAUCCCAAGACAACUCAUCCCAAGAAAACCCAUUAUACCUUAUUAAAAUCAUUUUUAAUAUUAAAUUUUAGUGUUUGAAAUGGCUCUUGGA